AUGCGCUUCCGUCAGGCCUACGCCAUUACUCUUUUUGGAAUCUUUUUCUUUAUCUUUUUUUUUCUCUGUAUAUUACGAUGCUUUCCCUAUGCUGCUUUCCUUUUCCAUGUUUCAGGUUUUUUAUUUUUCCUCUCUUUCUCUUCUUUUAAAGUUUUAUAUAUCUUUUUUUUUUCUCUCUCUGUUCACGACCUUUUUCUCAUCAUUCUCUCUUCUAUCUGUCGAUGUUUUCUCUCUUUGACUUAUCCUGUCUACAAGCCCAAUCCUUUUGUCAACCCUGACCCCCACCUCUCAUUUCUGUACUUUCACUUUGUGGUCCUCAUUAUCCAGUUCUUUUUCCUCUCUUUCACAAUAGUCCCGCAGCAGCAUUUAUCUAUAUUUAGAUGCAUUUGCCCUUUUCUUUCUUUUUCUUUCUUUCUUUCUUUCUUUCUUUCUUUCUUUCUUUCCAAAUUUUUUCUUCUCCAAUUUCUCCAUUUUUCAAGGUCUCUUUCCUUUUUCCUUUUUUAUCUCAUCCAAUGCCUUGUUUGGCUGCUUUUAUUGUCAAUGGAUGCUUUCUCACUACCCCUUUUUUUUCUUCUAUAUGUGUUUUCUCUACAGAUUUCUAUACAUUCUCUCCCGUUCCUUCCUCGCUUUGCAGAUUUUCCCGCUUAUUCUGAUUUCUCAUUCGAAACAGUUUUUUCUCUUUCACUGCCCCCCACUUUUUUUUUUUCUUUUUAUUACCUUCCUCUCUCAUUUACUUUCUUUCAAGGACUUUUCUUUUCUCUUUUUUCCACUCGAAACAUAUUCUCCACCUUCUCUCUUUUGAAACGAACACUUUGUGUUUAG